AUGAAUUCUGAGACCAAAGCACGAGCGGGCGAGCUAUGGCCCACGGAGAGGCCAGACGGCAUGCCUGUGAUACAGUCCCUCGAAGUGAUGUGCGGGAAGGACCACAUGGACGUCCACCUGACGUUCUCGCAUCCGUUUGAAGGCAUUGUUUCUUCUAAAGGUCAGCACGGCGACCCGCGGUGCGUGUACGUGCCGCCGUCCACGGGACAGACGUACUUCUCGUUUCGGAUCGCGUACGCCAAGUGCGGCACUAAACCCGAUCUACACGGGCAGUUCUACGAGAACACAGUUGUGGUGCAAUACGACAAAGAUUUACUCGAAGUGUGGGACGAAGCGAAGCGAUUGCGAUGCGAAUGGUUCAACGACUACGAGAAGACUGCUUCGAAACCUCCCAUGGUGAUCGCUGACUUGGAUGUCGUGCAAUUGGACUUUAGAGGCGACAACGUGGACUGCUGGAUGGAGAUCCAAGCGGGCAAGGGCCCGUGGGCGCCGCCCGUGUCCGGCAUCGUGCCGCUCGGCUCCACGCUCACGCUCGUCGUCGCUAUCAAUGACUAUCGAGGAGAGUUCGAUAUGCGAGUCAAAUCGUGCGCCGCUUCCGACGGGUCUGGACAUAUCAUUCAGCUGUCAGACGAAUAUGGCUGUGUCUUGCGGCCUAAGAUGAUAUCGAGGUUCCUAAAAGCGAAAGCCGUAGACGAACGUGCAACUGUAAUCACGUACGCAUUCUUCCACGCGUUCAAAUUCCCCGAUGCUCUGAGUGUUCACAUUCGGUGUAAAGUGGAGAUCUGUAGACACGGGUGUUUGGACCACUGUCAGCUAGCUGGUAUAGCGCCGGGAUCGCAUGGGGCGUUGGACAGGAAGGAUGAUAGAGCGCAGCAAGAUCGUAACGAUAUCGGGGACCUAUCCGACGAAACCGACAUGAGCCUAGCGGAAGACCACCAGCGGUUGCCACUCGAAGAGGCGUUCGGUGACGAAGUGUCCGGUGAAGCGGUGCCGGCUCCAGCGCCUCUACCGCAGAGAGCUCCGGCGCCCGUGGUAGAGCCGGACCACGAUCGGAUGGCCGCUGUGGAGGAGUUGGUGCAAGCUCUAGCUAGACCGUUCACGGACCGUCCCUCCGACCUCAGCGACCGUGAGCGCUUCCCUCACGGCCCUCGCAACUUUGGCGAUACUAAACCCUCCGGCGAUGCUAUCGUCCCAGCCAAGAAACCAGGUCCAGCAGUUGCAGGACCCAGGUCCCUCUCCAGGAGAAGUAUUAGAGAUGCAAGAUCAGCUGACGUGGGCGUAUCCGGGAUAUAUGAAGUGGUGUCUGAAGCUGAUCUGGACUUUGGACCUUCGAAAGAGCCCGUUACAGUGUUCAGUGGACGGAUACGGGAAGAGGUGGUGUACGGCAUAUGUAUGAGUGCGCUAUCCUUCGGUGCUCUCUUCGCAUCAGCAGCCGGAGCAGCAGCUGGAGCAGCUCUUGCAGCAGCUGUGUUACUUCACAAGCUGAGAUCUCGAAUGGUCCAGACGCCAUCUCCCGCUGCAGCAUCACAUUCGCUAGCUGCCUGGAUGGCGCUGAGGUUGUUGGGUACACCGCCACAACAUACGGAGGGGUGAUAACGAUAAAUAAAGGGGAAAAAUGGGGGGUAGAGAAAGGAAAUGGUCAAAUGAAAAGGCGGGGGGAGUGGAUAAACGUUUGAUAUCAUUGUUCUUGUAUGGUCAUCCAUAAUAAAACAUAGAUGGAAGUGUAGUAUAGAAGAAAGGUGUGAGAUGGACUGGAUUGCUCUUACUUAGGUUGGUGAAUUUGGAAUAAGUGACCAAAAUGUUUAUAGCCAGGAUGAAUAAAUUCAUAAUUUAGCAUUAUGUAUGUCAACUCACAAGUUGGAAGUUGAAACGACGAAAUUUUGAGAUAGAGUAAUGCAGCGAAUCUGAAUCAUUUUACGACAUUGUUUUCAACAGUAUCGUAAAAUCAUUUUUUAAUAAAUUUUUGGAGGAAUUAUUAAAAUUACUGCCACUACGCAAGUAGCUGCAAACUUUAUAAUUAAUUUACAAAUAUCCUGGCUACGUACUCGAUUAGUAUGUUCGAAUGAUUUGUAAUUUAUAUAUAAAAGAUUUGGUGUAGUUGUGUGGCCAAAAUAUAUAUUUUUAUGGAAGUUUAGCAUAAUCAAUAUUGAACUUGGGGUAAUAAGAAAUAGAACAUUCAAUAUUGAAAAUUUCAAUAUUUUUUAGACAUUUUAGAUUGAUAUUUAUAACUCAAUUAAGAAUUAUAAACGUAUCGUUUUAGAUUGAAUUUGUACAAUCUUACGUUAUAUAUUAAUUACCCCAUGUUUGCUAUUACUAAAUUAAAAUAAUAAUUUAAGCUUCUCAGUAAUUGAAUUUGAUAUCAUUUGACAUAGAAUAUAAACUAGAAGUUGUAGUUAGGUUUUUCUUAAACUAUUUCAUUAUUCAAUUGUUCAUAGCACGAGGCUUCGUUUGGGAAGAGCUUUAAUAUUUUUCACUUAAAAACAAUAAAUAGCGACAUCUAUUUAAUUUAUUAAAAUUUAGUUUUUUUGUUCACUUUGAAAACAAUUUAUUAGCUUGAAUCUUUAAACUUCUAGCUAUUACUUAAAUUAGCGACAUAUUUUUAAUAUUUUGUAUUGAAAUGGUUUUUUUGAUAUAAAAACAAUAAUUUAAUCUUUUAAUUAACUUAUUGCUAUUGGUUUAUUUCAAUUCUACACUAGCGACAUCUGUUCAAUAUUUUGAUUUUGAGAAAAAGUUUUUUUUUUUCAAUAAUUUUAAUAAAAUGGUUCUAUAACACGAAUGGUGCUAAGAUACGGACUUGGUCCACACUUUUUACAUUUCACUUUAUGUGAUUUAUACAUUUAUACAUAAAUAUAGUUGUUGUACAGAAUAUUUUGAUCUUUUAUGACGUUUCAUACAAUCCGAGAUACAUUUAAUAAAAAAUAAUUGUGUUUCUUAUCUUAAAAAAGUUUUUAAUACUGUUUAUUUUAAAAAUAAUAAACAUUAUGUGCAUUAAGAUUUUCCAUAUUAAAUACUACAGCUGUCAGAUUAUUUCAUACUAGCUUUCCGCCCGCGGCUUCACCCGCGUUUUUAAAGGAAACCCGCAUAGUUUCCGUUCCCGUUACUAGGAUAAAACCUAGCCUAUGUUGCUCAGUGAAGAUGCAGCUUUCU